AUGCACGUUAAUGUUUACUUGAGAGGCAAGGGCAGCAGCAGCAACAUACUGGCGUUCAAGUGUUGCAUGAUGAAAAACAGUCGAUGCCCACUUUGUGUCCAGAUGAUUCCAGUGUGCAGCCUCUGGGACGUUGGCAUGCCGCUCGCGUAG